CGGGUUACCCACCUCUGCUUUAAACGCUAUGUCCCAUGUACACCGAAGCCCUAGUGACAACGUUAUGACUAGGAACCAUUUGUUAGAUGUAGUUGUUUCCGCGGGCCGAGCUUCGUACUGCACCUGCGACCAGUUUAGGUUUCUAUAAGUGUUUUUCGUCUAUAAAGUGUAUACCAGCUGAUAAAUAAUGACAUUAGUGUUUAAAAGGAAAUAAGUUGUUCCAUACGCUUUUGAAUCGCGCUGUGAUGAUAACCACUCCGUUUUCUAUGAAAUCACACAGUUUUAAAUGCUUCACACCCGAGGCCUAGCUGGGUAUACAAGACUGCGGUACAGGAGGCCAUGAGUGACAGGAGACAGCGGGCCAGGGUGCAGGGCUCUUGGGCACCAUCGCGCCCCAAACCGGCAACUCGACCAGCGGGUGGCGCCGAAGGCUUUGUGAGAAGUGCUGCAGCACCAUCGGCCCACUCCAGUUCGUGGGGAGAUGGAGGUCAGGCGUUUGAGUUUCAUCCGCCAGCCAAGCCGCUGCGGGACGUCCCUGCCGAGAAGGUUAUCGAAAAGGCAGGUGAAUAUGAGAUUAGCCACGGCCCCUCGGGUGUCUCCAGGCUGCGGCUGCUCCCUGGGUUUCUGGCUCAGACAGAGGCAGACUGGCUGUUCAGUAGACUCCUGGCUGAGCUGCCGUGGGCUCAGAAGACCAACUUCAAACACGGUCAGGCCUAUGAAGAACCCAGACUCACCUGCUGGUAUGGAGAGCUGCCCUACACCUACUCUAACUCUACACUGCAGCCCAACACACAGUGGCCUGCGGUUUUGGCCGAUCUGAAGGCCAUGGUGGAGCAAGUGAGCGGGAGCUGCUUUAACUCGCUCCUGUGCAACCUGUACCGCGACGGGAAGGACAGCAUCGCCUGGCACAGCGACAGCGAGCUCUCCCUGGGGCCCCACCCCGCCAUCGCCUCCCUCAGCCUGGGGGACACCCGCUGCUUCAGCAUGCGCAAGCAGCCCCGCCCGGAGGAGAGCGGGGAUUACACGUAUGUGGAGAAGCUGAAGAUUCCGCUGAGUCACGGGACCCUGCUGCUGAUGGAGGGAGCGACGCAGGAAGACUGGCAGCACCAGGUGGCGAAGGAGUAUCACGACCGCGGGCCACGCGUCAACCUGACGUUCCGCACCGUCUACCCAGAACCAGAACCAGAACCAGAACCGGGCCGGAACCUGGCCCGCGGGCCCCGCAGCUAGGAGGGAGGAGGAAGAGGAGGAAGAGGAACGCCGUAGCAUGAUUUACACAUUUUCUACACGAGGGACUGUUAAAAAAACAGAUAUCUCAGUGGAGGAAGCGGAACAGGAAAGAUGGAGGAGGAAACUGCAGCGCCCUCUGCUGGGGUGGAGGGCGCCAGUGACACUUAAGCACAGCAAUGUAGGAAUGGAUCCAGAACCACGGAAGAUCCUGUCAGGUGUAGAACACUGGGGAGGUAUGAAGGUUCUGUAACCCUAGCGAGACAAUACGCACGAUGUCCCUCCGUACUGGCGCCCCCCCCCCCCCCCCACCCCCCGUCGUCUUUGCCCUGCAGAGGCUGUUGUGUUCGGAGGGGCAUCUCACGCCUGGAAGAGCGGACUCUGACGCCUGAAUUGCGUGCAUUCCUGAGCUUUUCUGUUCCUUUCCCGUUUGGAGACUGACGUGGGGCUUUGCACGACGUCUUUGUUUAUGUGAUGCUGUCUACACCCCCCCCGCCCCCCUG